CACCUUCAUUUCUUCCCAUUAAACCCACUUUUCUCCUUUGUUUCAUGAUCUUUUGAGUACAAAGUGGAAAGGGUUUCUAGUUUAUUAUAAUUAUCGGGUGAUCAAGAUUUUGCCAUGGCUAAUAGUGAUUAUGGGUUGGUGAUUGGCAUGAUGAUGGCCUUCUUCUUGGCUUCCUUCGUUUCUGCAGAUCCUGAAUUGCUUCAAGAUGUUUGUGUUGCAGAUCUUGCUUCAGGUGUAAAAUUGAAUGGUUUCACAUGCAAAAGCAACAUAUCAGCAGAUGAUUUCUUCUUUGCUGGGUUGGCGAAACCUGCACUCACCAACAACACAUUUGGUGCAACUGUUACACCAGCCUCCGUCCAACAAAUCACAGGGCUAAACACCCUGGGCGUAUCCAUGGCUCGCAUUGAUUACGCACCUGGCGGCCUGAACCCACCACACACCCAUCCAAGAGCUACCGAGAUUGUGUUUGUGUUGGAGGGCGAAUUGGAUGUUGGCUUUAUAACCACGGAUAACAAACUCUUCUCCAAGACCAUCAAGACCGGUGAAAUCUUCACAUUCCCUAGAGGCUUACUUCACUUCCAGAUGAACAAAGGCAAAGUUCCUGCCGCCGUGAUUGCCGGAUUCAAUAGCCAGCUGCCCGGUACGCAAAGGGCGGCAAACGCAUUGUUUGCAUCGUCUCCCACUGUGGAAGAUGCUGUGUUGACUAAAACCUUCCAAGUUGGAACAAAAGAGGUUGAGAAAAUUAAGUCGAGAUUUGCUUAAAAUCACUGGUGCCCAAGUGUUGAUUUAUGGCUUCUCAAAGUUUUUAUUGGUUUUGUGGUUUCUUCAAUAAAGGGAUGUGCAACAAAUAUGGCAUGGGUCUACAUGUUUUAAGGCUUUUCGUGUUUCUAAUUUUGUGCAAUAAAACACUCAUUUUUUUGUUGUUUUAAAUUC